AUGGACAAAUCAUGGAUGAUGGAGAAUAGGAUGUCCAGGGAGUAUGAAUUGGGAGUGGAAGCGUUCAUUCAAUUUUGUUUUCGUCAUGCCAAAGGUUCCAGUACUAUCAGGUGUCCAUGUUUGAAAUGUGGGAACCGUUUGCCGCAAGACGAAUCAACAGUCAGAUAUCAUCUAUAUGCCAAUGGGAUCGAUCAAAGCUAUAAGAUAUGGUUUUGGCAUGGCGAAUCUUUUACAUCAGAGACUUCAUGUAAUCGACAGGCUUACACGAACGAAGAAACGGUCGACGAUGAUUUAUUUCAUGUGAUAAAUAUGGUUCAAAAUGUCCGCGAUCAGUUUUCUGAAGUACCUAAUACGUUUGACAAUAUGUUCGAUGAUGCAAAGAAGCCUCUAUUUCCUGGUUGUAAAAGAUUCACAAAGUUAUCAGCAUUAGUUAGGCUAUACAACCUGAAGGUUAGAUUUGGAUGGAGUAAUGCUAGCUUCUCCGAACUACUGGCAACGAUUAGCGAGUUAUUGCCUGAAAAUAAUAAAAUGCCGAUAUCCAUAAAAGAUCUGGCAGACAUCAGUAGGUGUCCUAAAUGUAACACUUCGAGGUGGAAGACAAGUAAGAACUCAAAUGAAGAGAUUAAGGGAGUUGCAGCUAAACAGCUGUGGUAUUUUCCAAUUGUUCCGAGGUUCUUAAGGAUGUUCAAGAACUCCGAAUAUGCAAAGCACUUGUGUUGGCAUGCAAAUGACAGGAAAGUAGACGGUGUGUUAAGGCAUCCAGCUGAUACUCCAUCUUGGAGGUUGGUAGACCAUUUGUGGCCAGAUUUUGGGUCCGAACCGAGAAACCUCCGCUUGGGGUUGUCCACAGAUGGCAUCAAUCCAUACGGAGAUUUAUCAACGAAAUAUAGUUGUUGGCCUGUGAUUGCUACAAUAUACAACCUUCCACCAUGGCUAUGUAUGAGGAGGAAGUAUUUAAUGUUAACUAUGUUAAUCUCGGGACCUAAGCAACCAGGAUACGACAUAAAUGUCUACCUAGCACCUUUGAUUGAUGAUCUCAAACUUAUGUGGGAAGAAGGUGUUCAGUGUUUUGAUGCACAUAGAAAUGAAAGAUUCACCCUGCGAGCUGUCUUACUCGUGAAGGGGUAUAAGGCUUGUCCAAUAUGUGGGGAGGAAACUUCUUCUAUAAGACUACCACAUGGGAAGAAAAAUGCAUAUAUGGGACAUAGAAAAUACUUGCCACGUCAUCACCCUUAUAGGAGACAAAAGAAAGCAUUUGAUGGUAAUCAGGAGCAUGGAACACCUCCUCUCCCUUUAUCAGGCGAGACAAUUUAUAAUAGACUUAAGGAUAAGACCUUUCCAUGCGGUAAAAGGUCUACUAGAAGGUUGAAUGAAGAUAUUUCGAACGACUACUGGAAGAGGAUUUCUGCAUUCUAUGAGUUAACGUACUGGAAAAAAUUACAUGUAAGACACUGUCUUGAUGUUAUGCAUAUUGAGAAGAAUGUAUUGAUGAAUAUAAUUGGUACACUGCUUGACAUACCAGGGAAGAGUAAGGAUGGAUUGAGUGCUAGACUUGAUUUGGUAGAAAUGAACAUUCGACCCGAGUUGGCCCCUGUGUCCGAUGGAAGUAGAACUUACAUACCUGCAGCAUGUUAUACAUUGUCAAGAGAGGAGAAAGUCUCUAUUUGCAGAACUUUGUCUGAUCUUAAGGCUCCAGAAGGUUAUUCGUUGAAUUUCAGAAGUUUGGUAUCUUUAGAGAACCUAACGCUCUCUGGUCUUAAAUCACAUGAUUGCCAUGUUAUAAUGCAACAACUUCUCCCAAUUGCAAUACGUGGAAAUUUACCUAACAAUCAAGACGUUGUUGAAACAUUAUGUUUGCUUGAAAAGUACUUUCCACCAUCAUUUUUCACCAUUAUGGUACAUCUAUGCGUCCACCUUGUGCGAGAGGCAAAACUUUGUGGACCCAUAUACCUUCGGUGGAUGUACCCAUUCGAAAGAUAUAUGAAAAUGUUGAAAAGUUAUGUCCGUAAUAGAAAUCGUCCGGAAGGAUCGAUUGCAGAAGCACACAUAUGUGAAGAAGCUGUUGAAUUUUGUUCUGAGUUUCUAUCUGGGCUUGACCCCAUUGGACUAGGUUCAUUUAAAUCUCGAGAGGAAGGUCGGAUCGAAAGACCGUUAUCUGCUGGAUCAUCUACUACACCUAGUCAAGUUACUCGAUUGGCCUUACAUAGACGACAUAUGGAAAUCUUGAAAUCUUCCAACCCACGAAGGGCAAGAAAUGAGAAAUGGUUGCGAGAUGAGCACAAUAGAUCAUUUCCUAACUGGAUACGAGACGAGGUCAUGCGUGAAAUCCAGGAAGGUCAAGUCGUGAGCAUGACAAUUAGAUGGAUUGCACAUGGCCCACAUCCCGUUGUGAUGAUAUAUGAGGGAUAUAAAGUCAAUGGAAUUUGCUACAACACAAAGCGUCGUGAUGACACUAGAACGGUUCAAAAUAGUGGGGUUAUGUUCGUUGCAUCAACAAUGCAUGUGGCUAGUGCCAAAGACAAAAACCCGAUAAUUGCUGACAUGUCCUUCUAUGGUGUGAUUCAAGGAAUAUGGGAAGUCAGUUACAACACUUUUGGGGUCACACUGUUUAGAUGUGACUGGGUCGAUACGAAGAAUGGAGUACGAGUAGACGAUCUUGGAUUCACACUAGUUGACCUCAAUCGUAUAGGACACUAUUCAGGUUCAUUCAUAUUAGCAUCACAAGCAAGACAAGUGUUCUAUGUUAAAGAUCCCAGUGAUGAUAGAUGGUCCGUCGUUGUGAAGCCACAAGAAAAAGAUUUUGUUGAUAAUUUUAACAACGACGAGCUAGGCGAUACAUCCCUCCAUUGUCCGGCAAUUUUAGAAUGUCCAGCAGACAUGACUAGAGAAGAUGAAGAGAUCCCAUAUAUCAGGGUCGACUGUGAAGGCACUUGGGACACUUUUAAUUCCAAUCUGGAAGAUCUACUUGUAGUAUUCAAUAGUCCACUUGGCAGUUCUUAG